CUACAGAUUGUCUACCACGAUAGCGACAUUGUGGUGGUCAAUAAACCGCCCGAUGUCUUGACCGUACCGGGCAUUCACAGUCGGAGUUGUGUUUUGGAUCUAGUACACGAUCGUUUCGGGGAGGCCGUUCAGGACAAAGCACACAUGAUUGUUCAUCGACUCGACAUGGCUACCAGUGGCAUUGUCUUGUUUGGACGAACACUGAAUAUAACGAAACGAAUGCAAGCUAUUUUCCGAGAUCGGCUUGUGCUCAAGACAUACCAAGCAUUGUUGAUGGGGCACUUUCCCAUCGACAAGGGUACAAUCGACCUACCUCUCCAACGGGAUCACGAGUAUCCACCCUUUAUGCGCAUUUCGACACCCACUUCCGAAGCCGAUGCUGUACAAGCUGUCAAGGACUUGCAACAACACGGAUGGAAAAAAUUGAUACGGAAAAAACCCAAACCGAGUCAAACAAGUUUUCGAGUGUUGGCGCGAUCAUUCCGGAACGGCCUCCCCUUUACACGUAUGGAACUUGUUCCCGUAACGGGUCGAACGCAUCAACUACGAGUGCAUUGUGCAGCUCUGGGCUAUCCCAUCGUAGGCGAUCCCACGUAUGACGAAUACGUUCCGAACGAGAAAGCGAUGUGCUUGCAUGCGGCUCUGCUUCAGUGCGAACAUCCCACCACUGGUAUGCCGAUCGUAUUUGAAGCAAGUCCCGAUUUUUGA